AUGACCCGCCUCGGGCUAGAGAGGCAGUUCGUGCACCUCAGCGGUUCGUCGCCCGCGCGCCCUCUGCUGGAGGCCCUGGCUCAAGACAUGCGGCGGACAGACACAGGCAUCUAUCACAAGAAGACAAGGGCUGUUGUGUUUCCAGAUGCUGAAGGGAUGGGCAGUGGGAAAGAGCCCUCAUCUGCCCCAGGAGAGCCAGAGAACGGGCCCAGAUGCAGAGAAGCAUCAGAGCAGGGCUCCCUGGAGCUCGGCACCCAGGAGCAGAGGCAGCCAGCAGGACCAAGGAUGAAGCAGUCAUCUGGGGCCCCCCAGGAAGGGCCCUGGGAGCUGCAAGCUGGCCAGGAUCAGGCCGUGCCAGGAAGUGAGCUGGGGGUGCCACCUUCCACAGUCCCUGUGGCACAAGAAGGGCUUCAGCAGCAGGGUUCGGGGAAGGAGUCUGAGGACCAGCAGGGGAGCCAGCAGAACCCAGGGACAGUGGAGGGCCAGGCCCCCAAGAGCUGCCAGGAUGCAGGAGAGACAUGGGCCACCCCAGGGGCCCAGAGAGGAAGGGGGCAGGGUAAGGAUCCCCCACAGAGCGGGUGGCAGGGAGAAGCCUUGUGGGACAACCUGGCUAUCUGGAGUCCUCCCGAAUCCCCUCCCCAACCCUGUCCCCAGGAGGUGAAGGACCUUGGAGAGAGGAGGGAGCCAGACCAUAGCCUGAAGCUGCUUCAGGAGCCCAUGGUGGCUGCAGGGGCCCAGAACCUUGGCAAGCCCCGGCCCGGCUUCAUGAAGUGCCUGCUGGAGGUGGAGGAGGAGGAAGCCACCCAUCGGAGAGCCACCAAGGCCCGCGCCCUGCCAAACCGGAAGUCCCCCAGGACUCUCCCUCCCGUGCCCAAUUCCCCCCCAGCUGACAGCUCAGCCCCAAGCCUGCCUCUGACCCUGCCUCAGACCUCUGCCUCAGCCCCUGCUGUGGCCCCAUCCCGGGCCCGGCCACCAGCCCCUGGGCCAGUCCCUGGGCCAGUCCCUGUCCCCAUGGGAGUCCCCAUCACGGCCCUGCCUGUCCCCAUGUCAGACCUGGGCUGGAGAAGGACAGAACUUUUGCACCACGGCAGGGAAAGGAGCCUCGACUACCCCAAGGCACGGCAGGAGCUGGAAGAGCACUGCCUCCAGAAGGUGUGUCAGACCUGGGAGGAGAGGUCGGAGGAGGAGAACCUCACGCUGCAGCAAGAGGAAGCCUUCCGCAGCUACUUUGAGAUCUUCAAUGGUCCUGGUGAGGUGGACGCACAGAGCCUGGAGAACAUCCUGGUCCUCGUGGGCAUCUCCCUGACACCGGCCCAGAUGGACGAUGCCCUGAUGAGCGCUGAUAUCGAUGGAGACGGUCACGUGAACUUCAAAGACUUCUUGGCUGUGAUGACAGACACCAAGCGCUUCUUCUGCUCUAUGGAACAGAAUGCCCUGAUGGACAUGGCUCCCCCAAACCCCCACACUCUGCUGUUUGAGAUCCUGUCCCUGCUGGUGGAGAUGCUGGCUUUACCUGAGGCAGCCUUAGAGGAGAUCACGAGCUAUUACCAGAAGAAGCUGAAGGAGGGCACCGGUAAGUCCCGAAAGAUGGAAUCAGCCACAGGCCGGCUGCGGUCCCGGAAGAAGCUCUCCUAUAACCCCCAGCAGGCAGACGUCUUGGAAGUCCCUGAGCGAAGAGUCCUCAGGAUCCUGAGCCGGCUGAAGCAGCAGAACUUUGCUGCCAACCUGCAAAGCCCCUAUGCUCAGGUGCCUUGCAUCCCGCUCUGCCCGCAGCUGGAUAAGAGGGUGAUCCGACGGAAGCAGGGCAGCCACUACCUACUGGACCAGUGCACUCCUACCAGCCUGGGCCCUGACAUCCAUAGCUUCUUCUUCCAGACUGGAUCUCAAGGAGGCAGGGAACUCAGCUGUGACAGCAGAAAGUGGCUCAAUUCUGUGCCGGCUCCAACCCACUGACCCUGCGGAACCUUGACUCUGGGCAGCUGCUCAGGGCCUGCAGACGGAUGGGUCACCAGGCAGGGACCGCUGCUGGGUUUUGCUUUUGUGGCCUGGUAAGCCAAUAAACAACUAACCUCAGCCUCUGUGCCUGGUGCCAGGGAGGCCCCAGGUUUUCACACUUCCACUCAGCUCUUAGAGUGCAGGGCCACAGCCUCCCUCAGGCUUUGGAGCCCCUGAAGCAAGACUCAUCUUAAGACUCUGCUCAGGGUCAGGGUCCUG